AUGGUUGGUACGAACUCCGGAGGUGCUAGUGGCGAGAUGGAUAGAAGUAGAGAGGUUGGAGAGCAGGGGGGAGUUGCUGGUGGAGGAGUGGGGACUCGCCAACCAGCCAACCCUACGCUACCUAUUUCUUCUACACCAUCUCCUACUACCGUGGAUCCUGUGAAAGCUUUCUCUAUUGAGAAAUUCAUGGGGGAGGACUACGAGCACUGGAUUUUCUGCAUGAGGCUGAUGUAUACCCAAUACAAGCUAUUGGAUUUGGUGGAGGGGAAGGAGAAGAUGCCGGAGGCCGCGGAGCUGAAAAGAGCGUGGAUGAAGCGAUCGUUCGACGCGUACAUGCUCAUGGUGCAAGCGGUUGGCGGACGACAACUUGACCACAUCAAGGACCUCUUGGAGUCGUGGUCUGCCCUUGCGAUCAACCUCAACUCUCAACAGCCCAAGUGGAGCAUGGAUUACAUACGCGCACGCAUCCUAGAGGAGGACCUGCGGUGGCGGAGUGUGGAGCGCUCGGAGGAGGGGGCUGGCUAUGGAGUUGGAGGUGGAAAGAGUGGCUUCAAGAAGAAGUGGAAGGGCAAGAACAAGGAUAACCCUAAGGAGGAUGGCGGCGGGGGUCAAGCUGAGGUGUGCUUCUACUGCAAGAAGCGCGGACAUCGUUGGCGGAAGUGCUACCAACGACCCAAGGAUUGGACCCCGCUUUCAUCAAGCAACCAGCGUGGUGGCACGAGGAGUGGGGGAGUCAUGGGAGCUAGUGGAGAGGAGAAGGAUGAGGAGAAUGGCGGCAAAUCUGAGGAGCGGAAGGCCGGGUUCUUAUUCUUCGUGAACGAAGGCACAACCGACCACGCUAUGGCUGCCAAGCUGCACCUUGAGGAUCUCCCUGGGUCAGAGCUGACCAGUGACCACAACGGCGGUGGUGAGCAGCAAGGCGCUGGUCCUGCUGCGGAGGAGGGGUUGGAGGAUGAGUCGGCACGUGUGGACUCACCAUCUCAGCCCGAGCCUGCUGCAAACAUCAAGGUCACCAAGAGAAGUGUGCAGAGAGGAGAUUCACCACAUGGGUAG